ACAGAACCAUUUGACUAAAGAGGUGGGAUCAUUGAAGGCGGAUCUCGCGAGUUCUCGCGAUAUUUUGUGAACGUGACGGCGAGAGCGACACGAUUGCGGCUAAAAGAGGAAGCUAACUAGUUACUUCAGACUUUAAGAAUCCCAUUUAAACAUGUCGGGGCGCUCGGUUCGCGCGGAGACACGAAGCCGGGCUAAAGAUGACAUUAAGAAGGUGAUGGCGGCGAUCGAACGAGUCCGGAGAUGUUCACUACACGUCCACUGUGGAAGUGACACCUGAGGAUUCAGUAAUGUCUUCUACACUCAGUCUGGAGCACUGCAUGGAGAAAAAGUGGGUGACUGUAGGAGACACGUCUCUGAGGAUAUUCAAAUGGGUUCCUGUAGUGGACACGAAGGAGAAGGAGAAGAAUAAAGUUCCAGCUGCUGCUGAGGUUCAGAUAAACACUUUCUCUUCGGAGGAAACGACUGAAAACUCCUGCACUACUCUACUGGAUUACCAAGAUGAGAACAGCAGUCACAGCUCUCUCUCAGACUCGUUCCAGAGUAAAGUGAUCCCCGCCGACAGCAGCACCAACUCCAGUCCUCAGCGCAGUGAGCCCGUCAGCCCCGCCACACACACUCUCACACACACUCUCACACACUCACACACACACUCACACACUCACGAGUACCGACCUGACGAGCCACCGCCACCCACACUCGGCCAGGAGUGUCUGGAGGAGGCGUCGCUGCAGCGUGAGAUGGCUGAUGAACCGCCGACGCUGAUUAAAGAAGAUAUUUCACCUGUUGCAACUCAGGAAGAGGAAGAAGAAAACUCUGGAGCUCCGCCUCUUAAAAGAGUGUGUACUGAGCAGAUGUCUGUUAUCCAGUCUGCUCUGUCCAGUUAACACACACACACACACGCUCACACACACACACACACACACACACACACACACACACACACACACACACAAUGACAGAUCCUACUGUAUAAUCAGUGUGAUGAGACAUUCCUGUACUGAAGGAAAGUAAGCGUUUGGCUUCGUGACCAGCAGCAGGGCUGCAGUGUGAAGGCUCCGGUGUUACACAGCUGCAAGGCAUUCUGGGUAAAACAGCGCUAGACAGUGAGCGAGGCAGGACCGAGUGUCCUGAGGGAACUUCAGCACUUCACUCACACUCUGGAGAGAGUGAUAAAUAGGACAAGAUAAAUGUUCAAAACAUUCUUUUUUAAAUUUUACACCAUUUCACAGGUUGCACUCGGGGACAAUUUCACCACCACGGAAAAGACAAUCAAUUCAUUUCCCUAUGAACAUGUUUAUCACUAAAAUAAAACCAGGUUUUAUUUAACAGUAACAGUUAGCAUUGUCCUGAAGUUUGUCCUGCAGUUCAUCAACAUUUCCUUCAUAACUGCUACAAAUCACAACUUUAAUGAAAAGUCAAACAUAACGUUUAUUUUUCUUAUUUUACAAAUUUCCUGCGAGUUCGUUUAUUUAGCUCACAGUCUGUUACAGUGAAUUGUGAACACACCUAAAUUACAUCUCUAUAUACCCCAAUAUUCUGUACGUAUACAUAAAUAUAGAUUAUACUGUAGAGAAUGUUUAUCUUACGGUUAAAAAGGAGUAAAUAAUAAUAUUGAGAUAAUUUAUGCACUCUUAUUGUUGCGUUAAAUAAAUUAAAAUAAAGAAAAUCUAAUUUCCUCCUCAUACAGUCAUGUUUAAUUAAUGAUGGAAUAACUUUUAGUUUAUUUUCAUUUAUUUGAAGCUUCUGUUUUUGGGUGAUAUCGGGCAUUUUUAAUUUUUAUAAUUCUUCAUUAUCAUGCUUAUAUGAAUGAAAGAGGUUUUGAUUUUGAAGUGACAGCUGAUGAUGAUGAUGAUGAUGAUGAUGAUGAUGAUGAGGUUUAUUACUGUACACUGGUUAAGUGGCACAUUGAUGUUGAAUUUAUAUUAUUAUUUAAAAUGUCAUUAAAAUAUUAGAACCUUC